AUGGAGGAGCCGUGUUUUGACUUCCUGAGGACCAAAGAGACUCUGGGGUACAGCGUCUCCUCGUGUUGGAGAAACACCUCGGGCGUCCUGGGCUUUACGAUCACCGUGGAAACGCAGGCCACCAAGUUCAGGUCAGAAGCCCCUCCCACUGUGACAUCACUCUCUGCUGGUGAGAAAACCUCCACUCUCUCUGGGAGUGGGAGGAGUCUGUCUCUCCUCUCAGCUCAGAGUGGGAGGAGCCUGUCUCUCAGCUCAGAGUGGGCGGAGCCUGUCUCUCCUCUCAGCUCAGAGUGGGAGGAGCCUGUCUCUCCUCUCAGCUCAGAGUGGGAGGAGCCUGUCUCUCCUCUCAGCUCAGAGUGGGAGGAGCCUGUCUCUCCUCUCAGCUCAGAGUGGGAGGAGCCUGUCUCUCCUCUCAGCUCAGAGUGGGAGGAGCCUGUCUCUCCUCUCAGCUCAGAGUGGGAGGAGCCUGUCUCUCCUCUCAGCUCAGAGUGGGAGGAGCCUGUGUUUCCUCUCAGCUCAGAGUGGGAGGAGCCUGUCUCUCCUCUCAGCUCAGAGUGGGAGGAGUCUGUCUCUCCUCUCAGCUCAGAGUGGGAGGAGCCUGUGUUUCCUCUCAGCUCAGAGUGGGAGGAGUCUGUCUCUCCUCUCAGCUCAGAGUGGGAGGAGCCUGUGUUUCCUCUCAGCUCAGAGUGGGAGGAGCCUGUCUCUCCUCUCAGCUCAGAGUGGGAGGAGCCUGUGUUUCCUCUCAGCUCAGAGUGGGAGGAGCCUGUGUUUCCUCUCAGCUCAGACUCAGAGUGGGUGGAGUCUAAGAUCGCAGCCUUCCUGGACUCCUGCGGGGCCCUGGUGUCCUCGUUAGGAGCGGUUCUGUUCCGCUCUCAUGUGGAGGCCCUGGUUCAGUUGAAGUCGGCGGAGGACACUAACUUAGGAGAAGAAGUCAACCACAACUGGAGGGAAAUCCUCAAACAGGAAUAUGUGUUCGACAGGAAGGAGGAAGAGUACUCGGUUCUGUCCUGUGUCCAGGUGAGGGCGCUGCUGAGCUUUUCUCAAAACGAUCUUGUGUCCUGCUUCAGAGAAAUCGUCAACCACGGCCGCAAACUCAGUGUUCACGUGGUGGGCUUUGGCGAGCAGGAGGGCGACUCUCCAGGAGGGGGCGCUGUGAGUUAUUUGCAUGACGACGCCAUCGAGCUUCACUUCCUCCCGCUGCCGUUGCCUUGGUUACAGCAGGCCACGCCCAUCCGUGACAUCAGCGCCUUCACGGCUGCGCUCCCGUUACACCCACUCCACAAAGUUAAGUGCUGUGAGCGUUUUGAAAUGCUCAAGAAAAUCAAUGAUGGCCUUGAGCUGCUUGACAAGGAGAAAAAGAACAAGCCUAAAGACCCUGUCCCGUCCAGUGGAAAGAUACUUCUGGUCAAAGGAGAGAAGAGCGAGACUGAGUGA